AUGGAAGCCGAAUUUCCAACCUCACCUUCGAAGCGGAGGAGAACCAUGUCGCCAGAGGAAUCAACUCAGCACGACGAACCUCAACUGCAGACCGAUACGGCUGCGCAUACGAGCGCGGCAGUGAACGUAGCCCCAGAUGGCAAAGACAUUGCUCCCGAGCAUAACAUCCUCGAUAUGUUGAUGCAACAAGUCGAGGCUCAGGCGGCUUCUGACAGUGAUACGAAAGUGACGCAGACCACUGCGGGGAUCGAGCAGCCCAGACCUGCAGAAGAAAAUAGCAAAACAGUACACGCUGAGCGAAAUGCAGAUGUCAGUAUGGCUGCCGUUGAAGCUCAAGCUGCUCCUGGAAGCGGUGCGGAUGUUCCGCAGGUGAGCGAUGUAAGUGGAAAACCAGAAUCAGCGGAAGUUUCCAAAGCAGAAGAAGCCGAACAAGAUGCAGAUGUCGAUAUGGCUGCUAUCGAAACCGAAGCUGUCGAGCGAAUACAGUCUCAAGCCGUAGCCGAAUCGCGGGCCGUGCCUGAGAGCAACGGAUCAACUACUGCGCCAGCUGAACCUGAAGCCCGCGAAUGGGAGACCGACUCCUCGCCUUACGAGUCGUCUGAUUCAGACACGUCCUCAGACGAUUCCUCUUCAGAUGACGACAGUGAUGACGCAGAAGGUGACUAUGCUAUGAUGGAUCCAGAAGAGACUGCACGCAUCCUUAUGGAUGACGGCGGUUCCGAUGAUGAGGGCAAGAACAAGGAUAACGCAGGCGCGGGUCUACGGACAAACAAUGAAAGGGUUGAAGAAGUCGUACCCAAGCCCGACGUUGCGGUCACUCAAGACAUGCAAAUCGAGGAGCUAGGCAACGUGGAGUUCGUUGUCGAGAACACUGUCGUCGUCAAAGCCAAAACGUCCGGCGAAUAUCGUGUCCUGGAAUCCGGCUCAGUACUGUGUCUGAAAGACCGAAGUGUCAUCGGAGUUGUCGCGGAGACUAUUGGACGAGUCGAACAACCAAUGUACACCGUACGCUUCACGAAUGAGGAGGCUAUCAAGGAAGCCGGCGUGUUCGAGAAAGGCAUCUCCAUCUACUAUGUCGAACAACAUUCGACCUUCGUUUUCACACAGCCUCUCAAGGGGAUCAAGGGCAGCGACGCUUCCAACAUCCAUGACGAGGAAAUCGGCGACGAUGAAAUGGAGUUCUCCGAUGAUGAGAAGGAAGCCGAACACAAGCGCCAGAUAAAGCUCAGGCGACAGGGCCGUAAAGACGAUGGCGGACGAGGUGGCCGCGGUCGAGGUCGUGGCGGACAGCAAGGAGGUGGCAGACUUCCAUCAGUACCAGAGACCAAUGGCAACAUCAGUACGCUCGACUACGAUGACAGUGGCGAGGGCUAUACUCCUCUCAGUCGUCCCACGAAUUUGCAUGAAAUGAUGGGCGCUGCCGAACCUGGCGAGAUUGCCGAUGGAUCGCAUCAACCUCGACAGAACUCCAACCGAGGCGGUAGCUUCCAGAACAGCAGAGGAGGCCGCGGUCGAGGACGCAACAACCGUGGCGGCAGAGGUGGAGCCUUCCAGUCUCGAGGCGGUCACUCUCAGUCUCCCUACACACAGAAUCAGAACGUCUACGCGCAGAAUCAGCCCGCUUACGCUCAGAACCAACCCGUACCAUUCCCCUUUCCAACCGGCCAGUACCCGCCAUCCCAAGGGUCGCCUCCCGCUCCGCCACAACUCAACCCACAAGGCUCGAGUGCCAGCUUCCCAAACAUGCCCUUCUCACCAUCCCCCAUCUCACCCCUCCCCAAUGGAGCGUUCAAUUUCCAGCCUGGCGGCCAGUUUCCAAACUUCGCCGGCAUGCCUCCACCACCACCCCCUCCAGCGAUGUUCAACUUCGGGCAGCCCGGUCAGCAGAACUUCAAUGCGAAUCAAAUGGCUUUCGCACAGGUGCAGCGACAGCUGGAGGAGAUGCAGCGGUCGCAGCAGCAGGGUGGAAGACAGGGUUAG